AUGUUGAGUUCGUCGACUUGCGUUUCGGCGUCAAGCAUCGUUUCCACCUCGACUUCGUCUCUCGGUUCCCCGAGCCCUCAGUACAAUCUCUCUACCUCUCGACUUCUCGUGAUCCAUAUAGGAGCCGCACUAACUCUCUUCCUCGCCACCACUGACGCCACCAUAGUCUCGACAAGCUUACCCACCAUUGCCAGCGAUUUGCGAGCUUCGUCUAAUCAGUACACAUGGGUCGGCGUCGCAUACAUGUUGACACAAACCGCCUUUCAACCUUUGUAUGGAAGAGUUUCGGAUCUCGUGGGCCGGAAGAUUGUGUUAUACGCCAGUAUUGCUAUUUUUGGUUUGGGCUCAGUCUUGUGUGGCGCUGCUCAGUCUAUCAAGUGGCUAAUUGCCGCUCGUGCACUUGCUGGAAUUGGAGGCGGCGGAAUCGUCAGUGCCGUCUGGGUCAUUACUGCCGAAAUCGUCGAAGUUCGACAACGAGCAACGUGGUCGCAAGCACUCAGUAUUACUUGGAGCUGUUCCGCCGUCGCCGGUCCUUUAAUUGGCGGGCUUUUCAGUGGGAGGGACGGGACUUCGACAGGAUGGAGAUGGGGUUUUUACAUCAAUAUCCCCGUCUGCGCCGUCUCUUUCGUGGUUUUGGUUCUAGCUCUUCGGGGGAUUGAGUUGAAGCGAUCAUCGAAUGCGUCUUGGAGAUCGUUCCUACAGAAGUUUGAUUUUCUUGGGUUAUUCUUGUUUAUGACCGGCACGAGCUGUAUCAUCAUAGGAUUCAGCUUCGCGAACGAGAACGGGUGGAGCUCCCCGUCAACGCUAUCAUUGAUUGUCGUCGGUGUCUGUAUCCUCGUGGCUGGAGGUGUCUACGAGAGCUAUACAACCAAAGACUGCCUUUUUCCCCCCACUGCUUUCCGCGACCUUACAGCAGGGACCAUAUUAAUUAUCACCUUCCUGCACAACUUCGCCUUCAACGCUGGUACUUUCUACCUAGCCCUGUUCUAUCAGGCGGCAAAUGGAUCGACGCCACUGGAGUCUGGAUUGAAAAUCCUACCCUAUUCCCUCGGGUCUUCACUUGCGUCGCUACCUGUCGCAUGGUUCAUUGGAUAUAGGCAACACCAGACUAAUGAUACCAGCGGCCAGAACUGGGCGAUCUCGAUAGGACUUCUCAUUUCGACUUUAGGUUUCGGAUUGCUCAACCUUCUCAACGAGGUGUCGAAUGUCGCCGCCCAAAUAGUCUAUCCCUUGAUUGCUGGCAUCGGACUCGGGAUGCUCUUCCACGCGCCUCAUCAAGUCUUUACCCGUGCCCUCAAACCUCAGGAAAUCGCGACCGGGACAAGCGCCUUCUUCCUCGUGCGAUUUACCGGAGCGACCGUAGGUUUGGCCGUGGCGGGCGCUAUUUUUUAUGCGCAAGCACGUUUGCCUGACCUAACUUUCCACCACUCUGCUUCUUCGAUUGACUAUAGCAAAAUAAGAUUACUUCCUCCGGCUAGGAAAGAAGAGGUCCUGAGAAUUAUCUCAUCGUCUAUCAGGCUUAUUUGGACCGUCUGUGCACCAUGCCUUGGUGUCUCUUUCUUGAUAUCGUUCGCUCUACGAGCACUGCCCAGCUUUGACUCCGCAGAACUUACGAAAACUCACACAACGUCAACAACUCAAUCAUCGGCGGAAGAUGAAAAAAUAUAG